AUGCCCUCACGCCCUCAUGCCCUCACGCCCUCAUGCCCUCAUGCCCUCAUGCCCUCAUGCCCUCAUGCCCUCAUGCCCUCAUGCCCUCAUGCCCUCACGCCCUCAUACCCUCAUGCCCUCACGCCGUCAUACCCUGAUGCCCUCAUUCCCUCAUCCCCUCAUGCCCUCAUACACUCCUGCCCUCAUGCCCUCAUGCCCUCAUGCCCUCAUGCCCUCAUGCCCUCAUGCACUCAUGCCCUCACGCCAUCAUGCCCUCAUGCCCUCAUGCAAUCAUGUCAUCAUGCCCUCAUGCCCUCAUGCCCUCACGCCCUCAUGCCCUCACGCCCUCACGCCCUCAUGCCCUCAUGCCCUCAUGCCCUCAUGCCCUCAUGCCCCCAUGCCCUCAUGAGCUCAUGCCCUCAUGCACUCAUGCCCUCACGCCAUCAUGCCCUCAUGCCCUCAUGCCCUCACGCCCUCAUGCCCUCAUGCCCUCAUGCCCUCACGCCCUUAUGCCCUCAUGCCCUCAUGCCCUCAUGCCCUCAUGCCCUCAUGCCCUCAUGCCCUCAUGCCCUCACACCCUCAUGCCCUCAUGCCCUCAUGCCCUCAUGCCCUCAUGCCCUCACGCCCUCAUGCCCUCAUGCCCUCACGCCCUUAUGCCCUCAUGCCCUCAUGCCCUCACGCCCUCAUGCCCUUAUGCCCUCAUGCCCUCAUGCCCUCAUGCCCUCACGCCCUCAUGCCCUCACGCCCUCAUGCCCUCAUGCCCUCAUGCCCUCAUGCCCUCACGCCCUCAUGCCCUCAUGCCCUCACGCCCUCAUGCCCUCAUGCCCUCAUGCCCUCACGCCCUCAUGCCCUCAUGCCCUCACGCCCUCAUGCCCUCAUGCCCUCAUGCCCUCAUCCCCUCAUGCCCUCAUGCCCUCAUGCCCUCAUGCCCUCACGCCCUCAUGCCCUCACGCCCUCAUGCCCUCAUGCCCUCAUGCCCUCAUGCCCUCACGCCCUCAUGCCCUCAUGCCCUCACGCCCUCAUGCCCUCAUGCCCUCAUGCCCUCACGCCCUCAUGCCCUCAUGCCCUCAUGCCCUCACGCCCUCAUGCCCUCAUGCCCUCAUGCCCUCAUCCCCUCAUGCCCUCAUGCCCUCAUGCCCUCAUGCCCUCACGCCCUCAUGCCCUCAUGCCCUCACGCCCAGAUGCCCUCAUGCCCUCAUGCCCUCAUGCCCUCAUGCCUUCAUGCCCUCAUGCCCUCAGGCCCUUAUGCCCUCACGCCCUCAUGCCCUCAUGCCCUCAUGCCCCCAUGCCGUCACGCCCUCAUGCCCUCACGCCCUCAUGCCCUCACGCCCUCAUGCCCUCAUGCCCUCAUGCCCUCAUGUACUCCUGCCCUCAUGUACUCAUGCACUCAUGCACUCAUGCCCUCAUGCACUCAUGCCCUCAUGCCCUCAUGCCCUCAUGCCCUCAUGCUCUCAUGCCCUCACGCCAUCAUGCCCUCAUGCCCUCAUGCACUCAUGCCCUCAUGCCCUCACGCCCUCAUGCCCUCAUGCCCUCAUGCCCUCAUGCCCUCAUGCCCUCAUGCACUCAUGCCCUCAUGCCCUCAUGCCCUCAUGCCCUCAUGCCCUCAUGCACUCAUUCCCUCACGCCAUCAUGCCUUUAUUCCCUCAUGCACUCAUGCCCUCAUGCCCUCACGCCCUCAUGCCCUCAUGCCCUCACGCCCUCAUGCCCUCAUGCCCUCACGCCCUCAUGCCCUCAUGCCCUCACGCCCUCAUGCCCUCAUGCCCUCACGCCCUCAUGCCCUCACGCCCUCAUGCCCUCAUGCCCUCAUGCCCUCACGCCCUCAUGCCCUCAUGCCCUCAUGCCCUCAUGCCCUUAUGCCCUCAUGCCCUCAUGCCCUCAUGCCCUCAUGCACGCAUGCCCUCACACUAUCAUGCCCUCAUGCCCUCAUGCAAUCACGACAUCAUGCCCUCAUGCCCUCAUGCCCUCAUGCCCUUAUGCCCUCAUGCCCUCAUGCCUUCAUGCCCUCAUGCCCUCAUGCCCUCAUGCCCUCAUGCCCUCAUGCCCCAUGCCCUCAUGAGCUCAUGCCUUCAUGCACUCAUGCCCUCGCACCAUCAUGCCAUCAUGCCCUCAUGCCCUCAUGCCCUCACGCCCUCACGCCCUCAUGCCCUCAUGCCCUCAUGCCCUCACGCCCUCAUGCCCUCAUGCCCUCAUGCCCUCACGCCCUCAUGCCCUCACGCCCUCAUGCCCUCAUGCCCUCAUGCCCUCAUGCGGGAGAAUGGGGCGGGGUGA